UAUUUCAUGUGUGAAGCUUUUCAGUUACUCUCAUUUAUUCUCCAAACAGUUUAGACAAUAGAAAAUUAAAUCAGUUUUGCUAAAGAGUUUGCACCUACUGGGACCUCUGUCAAGUUAGUCAGGAAAACGAAACUCAAGGGAAUUAGCAGACAGAGAAAAAAAAAAAUGGAAAGCAAGAAAGAGGUGGAAGUGGAGUUGAAGGAGAUUGCAACGGUUGAGGAGGAUAAGGAGAAAGAAAAUCAGGAGAAGGAGACAAAAGAAGAGGCCGUAGAUGAAGGGAAUUUUUACUCUACUCUCAGCAGUCCGUCUGAGCAUGAAUAUGGCGUGCCCUCUUCAAUUCGCUCUUAUACAGUAAAUAAAGAUCCAUCGCUAGAUAUUCACCGGAAACUCCGUGUUUACCGCAUCGUCUCGCUGGUUCUCUUUGUCAUCUGCGUCCUUUUGCUGAUUGUGGUCCUUGUACUGUUUAUGAAGUUGACUGGGACGCAGCCAUGUCAGAAGGUAGAGCAGACUGAAAGGUCUCCACCGGAACAGGAAUGCAGCUUGAAGAAAUGCCACGAGGUUUACCAACUGCCUCAGCGUCUGUGCAUUGAUUGUGGCAAGGGCUGGCUGAGGUUUGAGAAUACUUGUUACUUCCUGUCUCAAAACCGUUUCUCCUGGCAGCAGAGCAGGGAGGAGUGCCAGAGGAUGGGAGGAGAUCUUGCUGUCAUCACUAAUGAACGUGUACAGAUGUAUCUGAGUAGGAAAGGGAGUUUGCACUACUGGAUUGGGCUAAGUCAUUUGGGGACAAAUGAAUGGACAUGGAUUAACAACACUGCAUUGACAGUGAGAUAUUGGGGAAACCAUUCCUUUCCUGGAGAGUGUGCCAUCCUGGCUGGAAAUGAACCACCUGAACGGAGCUGGCACCCAUCUUCCUGCAGUUUAUACUUGCAGUACAUCUGUCAGAAGAUGUAGAUGUCCGAACAUCAUCUAAAC